AUGGACGUGGAAGAGGAGGAGGAGGAGAGGAAGGAAAAGGAGGCAGAGGAGGAGGAAGAGCAGGAGAAGGAGCUGGAGGAGGAGGAGGAGGAGGAGAAGCAGGGGGAGGAGCAGAAGGAGGAGGAGAAGGGGGUGGAGCUGGAGGAGGACAUAGUGGAGGAGGAGAAAGAGGAGGAGAAGGGAGAGGAGGAGCAGGAGGAGGAGUUGGAGGUGAAGGAGCUGGAGGAGGAGGAGCACCAAGCGCCGCCAAGGAAGCGCAAGCUGGUAGAGGAAGAGCGCAAGGAGAGGAAACGCGCACGCCCAGAGGUGAUUGACGUGGACAAGGAGAUGGAGGCGGAGGAGAUCAAGACCAAGCCUCACAAGCAGCCGGUGGUGCACCAGUACUCCGCAGGCAACACCGAAGAGCAACGCAAGGAGGCCGCCAGACUACUUGCCCUGCCCGACCUGGAGCUAGAAACGAAAAUUCAUACGCUCCCGAAUUUCCAAUCGCUUCAGUCCAACCCCAACAUCGUCAGCGCCAGCCUUCGGGUGACCCGCAACGACCAAGCAAUUCGCCAGCAGAAGGAGCAGCUCGAUUGCAUCGACCCUUCAACUUUGCACCAGGCCGUCGAUUGUAACCACAGAGUUGUGGUCUGGAACCUCAUCGAGCACUGGCAGUGGGAGAAUGUCUACGAAGUUGUGCCAGCAGCUGCAGGGAUGGAACUCAGCUGGAUCAUCCUCAACCGCAUCUCCGGCUUCGAGAACUACAUCAACUCGGCGGGCUCAGUCGUCCUGAAUGCUUUCGAGAAGGCCCUGAACUACUACACCCUCGGCCAAAACCCACUCUUCCAGAUCACACGUGGCAAAAAAACUGUUACCGACUACAAUGCUCUCGCUGAGCACCUGAAAACGCUCAAGGGUCAUGCUGCACCAAAGCCCACCACUCUGCAGAAGUACUCGACUACCUUAAGGGCCCUGUUCCAUGCUCCAGGAGUGGUGGAUCUUAUCAAGGAACUCAAUCGCCUCGUUCCAGAGGGUCAGGUGUUCAUCUCCCUUGACAACCUCAACUCUGAGAACUUCUGGUCGCUAAUCACCAACCACUGGAGCAUGAUCAAAAGGCAGAUGGAGGCCUUUCGUCAGGCCGUUCAUGCAGCCACGGAGGCUGACUGCUGCUGCGAAGAUCCUGAGGAGCUUCGCCACAUCUGGGACCGGAUCUGCGUUGCGGAAUACAUCGCGCCGCGCGGUAAAAACAUUGAGAUCGAGCAGCCCCACAGCAUCACCUCCGAAGUUGUCGACACGUUCCACAAGCACCUGUUCCAGUCGAAACUUCUCAGCGAUGAGGCAGAGGAGACCACACCUCGCCAGUUACGAGGGGAGAUUGCACCUACCAAGAAACGUGGCAAGGGUAAGGCUGAAGAGGAAAAGUCGCCAUCUACCAUCAAGCACAAGGCAGAGCUUGCUCUCCAGAAAAAGUAUCUCCCCCAAUUCACUGAGCCGCUCACCAAGCUUCUUGGCCAACCAACGCAAUUCCAUGAAUGGCCGGUGUUGAUCUACAUGCAUGACUUUACCAUCCACAGUGUGGACAUUCCUCUCAACAUCGACGAUGCAGCAACUCGCCUAUCGAAGUCUUACGGCGUCGGAUUCUACAUCUCCUCAUCUCCCUCCAACAUCGCCAACGCCAUCACCUCACUCGAGUCACACUCCACCCUCCAGGUCUUCCGCCUACUCCACUUCUACUACAGCUCCCCAACUUACUCCAGCUCCAUGCCCACCUCUGAACCUCUCAUCAGUGGCUUCGAUGUUCUCAUCUUCAGCCACAAGAGGGUUAACAUGUCCGCCAUCUGGCAUCCUCUGGCCAGCGACACCAUCCCCAAACCCUUCUGCUAUCUGCACCACAUCCCCAUCCCACACCCAACGCGUGAGGUUGUCCGCUCUGCUCCUGCUUUCCUCACUGCUCAAUCAUCGGACCGCACCCCGCUUCACAUCGGCCUCUACAGCUUCCUCAUCCAGAGCUUAGAGCUUCCCAAUCCUUCUCCCCACCCCAUCACAUCGCCCACCACCCCCUACCACAUUCUCUAUGAGGCAAAUCCCACCUACUACCUCUCCUUCUGUGCUGCCCUUUACUCCAGCUUUGUCUGCCUCUCCUCUACCCCCAUAGCAGAGGGCAACAUCUCCUCUCUCGGCAACUGGCUCCUCACCUUCCACUCUAAAUUCCUGGAGGAGUCAGAUCUCACAGCCAUCACUUCCUUCCUACAAGGCCUAACUUCACAUCCUGCCCUUGCCCCUCUCACACCCAAGACCAGCUCCUCCUCCUCUUCCGGUCCACAGAAAGUGCGGAAGUCCAUUGGCUAA